CUUUUCUGAAUUCACAACCCAGCCUCACAACAAUGGCCGUCUUCGUUCAGCGCCCAGCACCAGCCUUCACAGCUACCGCAGUUGUAGAGGGUGAAUUCAAGGAGACCUCCUUGUCCGAAUACCUAGGCCAAUGGGUAAUUCUUUUCUUCUAUCCCAUGGAUUUCACAUUCGUUUGCCCAACUGAGAUAUUGGCUUUCAAUGAUGCGCUUCCUCAAUUCAAAGCGCUGAAUGCAUCCGUUCUCGGUGUUUCCACGGAUUCCCAGUAUUCCCAUUUUGCAUGGGCGCAGCAACCGAGGAAGCAGGGCGGCAUUGGGCCUGACCUCAGGCUACCUUUGAUUGCGGACAGGAACAUGACUAUAUCCAAGGACUAUGGUGUCCUCAUCGAGGAGGAAGGCAUUGCUCUGCGUGGUUUGUUCAUCAUUGACCCCAAGGGUAUCGUUAGGCAAAUCACCAUUAAUGAUCUGCCUGUCGGUCGAUCUGUGGAAGAAACUAUCCGUCUUCUCCAGGCCUUCCAAUUUGUGGUAUGUUUUUCUUUCUUUGGAUGUCGUAACGUUUCAUUACAUCUUUUGCAGGAGGCAAAUGGAGAGGUUUGCCCUUUGGGCUGGACUGAGGGUGAUAAAACCAUCAAGCCGGACCCCAAAGGAUCUAUGGAUUACUUCUCGACAGUGGAUGAUUCGGCCAUCAAUGGUCAUGCGAACGGAAGUGCCAAGAAACGUCUUCGCACGGAUUGAUAGAUGGGUUUACAUGACAGCUAGAUGUGAUUACGGUCAACACUUCUCGUGCUAUUAGAACACCAAGGUAGACUCUUGAUAUCUAGCCAUAUAAUUUUUUGCAUACAUAUAUCUUGCAUAUCACCAUCACUAUACAUACUUAUAUCCUGUCGUGGUAACACUUGACUUUCAAAGUCCAAAAGUUCAUUAAGCUCGACGAAAUGAAAAUUAGAUAU